UUGAUUCCUAUGAUGGGAACAGAAACCAAACAACCAACGGUUGAAUUUGCACCAACAUUGCUCGACGAAUCAUCAAAGAAGAAAAUCGACGAUUCUGCUCCGGAUGUCAUACCGGAAUGGAAAGAUCAAAUCACAUUGAGGGGUUUGAUUGUGAGUGCUUUUUUGGGGACACUUUUUUGUAUCAUAGCACACAAGCUCAAUCUCUCCGCUGGAAUCAUCCCUUCGUUGAACGUUGCGGCUGGUUUGCUUGGCUUUUUCUUUGUCAAAUCAUGGACCACUUUCAUCGAAGGCUUUGGCGUCUCUACUUACGCUUUCACAAGGCAAGAGAACACAGUUAUUCAGACUUGCGUUGUUGCUUGUUAUGGCCUCGCCUGCAGCGGUGGAUUCGGGUCUUAUUUGCUGGCAAUGGACGAGAGAUCAUACAAUAUGAUAGGCGCAGAUUACCCUGGUAAUCGGGCUGAAGAUGUUAAGAAUCCAGGAUUAUUAUGGAUGAUAGGGUUUCUUUUUCUUGUCAGUUUUCUUGGUCUUUUCAGUGUUAUUCCACUUCGUAAGGUUAUGCUGAUGGAUUAUAAGCUUAUAUACCCUAGUGGAAGUGCCACCGCAAUGUUAAUCAAUAGUUUCCACACUACUAGUGGUGCUGAAACGGCAAGUAAACAGGUAAGGUGUCUCGGGAAGUUUCUGAGCGUAAGCCUAAUAUGGAGUUGCUUUAAAUGGUUCUUUGGCGGUCUCGGGAAUUCAUGUGGAUUCGAUCAUUUUCCAAGUCUCGGUUUGACCCUGUACAAGAAUACGUUUUACUUUGACUUCAGUGCUACUUAUGUUGGAUGUGGUCUUAUUUGCCCACACAUAGUCAACUGCUCAGUCCUUUUUGGAGCUAUUCUAUCAUGGGGAUUCCUUUGGCCCCUCAUUACCACAUACGAAGGCGAUUGGUAUCCAGACGGUCUAGGCAAACAUGACUUCAAAGGUCUUUAUGGAUACAAGGUCUUCAUAGCAAUUUCCCUUAUUCUUGGAGACGGCUUCUACAAUUUGAUGAAGAUAAUAGUGCUCACCAUUAAGGUUUUGUUCAACACCCCCAGACAAGAAGAUCUCCCUGUGAUAAAGGACUAUGCAACUUAUGCAGAGUCCGAGCUAUCUGGACCACAACUGGAGAAACAGAAAAGAGAUGAAGUUUUUCUAAAAGACAACAUACCAACCUGGUUUGCAGCCUCUGGGUAUGUGGGUUUGGCGGCUAUAUCAACCGCAGCAAUUCCACUUAUUUUUCCACCCCUAAAGUGGUACUUGGUUCUGUGUUCUUACGUAAUCGCCCCAGCAUUUGCUUUCUGCAACUCUUACGGAUGCGGUCUCACGGACUGGAGUUUAGCUUCCACAUAUGGAAAAAUCGGUCUUUUCAUAAUCUCUUCAUUAGUUGGAAGUGACGGAGGUGUAUUAGCUGGUUUAGCAGCAUGUGGCGUUAUGAUGUCGAUUGUCUCCACUGCCGCCGAUAUCAUGCAAGAUUUCAAAACCGGAUACUUGACUUUAUCAUCAGCAAAGUCAAUGUUUGUGAGUCAAGUAGUGGGAACCGCCAUGGGUUGCAUCAUUGCACCCCUCACAUUUUGGAUGUAUUGGACCGCCUUUAAAGUUGGGGCUGCAGAGAGUCCUUAUAAGGCACCAUUUGCUGUCAUAUUCCGAGAAAUGGCAAUUCUUGCAGUUGAGGGAUUCUCGGCGCUUCCAAGGCAUUGUUUAUCUUUAUGUUAUGGGUUCUUCGCUGCAGCCUGCGUUUUGAAUCUGCUACGCGAUCUGAUUCCUUCAAAGGUGUCCAGAUUCAUUCCCAUUCCCAUGGCAAUGGCUGUGCCAUUUUACAUUGGAGCUUACUUUGCAAUCGACAUGGUUGUUGGGACGGUUAUAUUAUUUGUUUGGCAACAAAUGAAUAAAAAGGACGCGGAGGAUUUUGCAGGAGCAGUUGCUUCAGGGUUAAUCUGUGGGGAUGGGAUUUGGACAAUUCCAUCGGCAAUACUUUCCAUGUUGAGGAUCGACCCGCCCAUCUGCAUGUACUUUAUACCUUCGGUACAAAGCACGUAAAUAUGUUUGUUUCAGUUAGACAAGUAUAUAUGUUUAAUAUAGUUUCCUUCUAUCACAUGUACGGGUUAUCUCUUGUAUUUUAACUCUAGAUGCAGACAUCUGCGGGUACUUCCUCAGCGGUAAAUGACUUAAAUGUCCAAACACA